UUCCAAUUCUUACUGCUGAUGAGUGGUUUACAUCUUGUGGUAUGACCUCUAUAUUUCUGCUCUCAAAGUCUUCUUCAAAUGGUGGACUGGGAUACCUUCACCCCUGCCCCGUGGAGGUUGUUGGUGAUGUCAUUCACUGUUGUUUUGGGUUUUUUCUUCACAGCUCUCACAAUGUUUGGUUUCCUCAAACCAAGAGUAGACAUUCAGAGCUAUUAAUUGUUAAAACAACCAAUCUAACAGGGUACACCUGGGAAACAAGAAACAUCUGUCAGUCGCAUGUUUUUGAUCACUUAAAAAAUGUGUGGGUUCAAACAAAAAGUGCCAAGUUGUUUAACAGAUCUAAAUAUCAGGAAAUUAAAGUUGAAAUUCUGAUCUUUGAUCUCAUAUUCAUCUUUUGAUCAGAGGAGAAUAUGCAAAACUCUGCACAGGCCAUAACUGAAGGUCUGGAUCAAACAUCAGACCCUGAAGCUCUUAGAUACUGUUACUAAUAUUAAUUUUCCAGACCGACAACCAAUUUGACAACCAAGAACCAGCUCUGAUAUGAUGGAAAUGCAUGAAUGGCAAGGCAGAAAUACACCCUGAAUAGGAUGCCUAUUUGGCAUGAUUUAGGGAGGUGGGAGGAACUCAGAAUGCUCAAAAGAAGCCCACACAAACACCGGGAUGACAUGCAAAACUUUGCACAGGCCAUAUUUGGAGCUCAGAAUCAAACUCCAGACCCUGAAGCUGUGUGGUACUGGUACUGAUAUUUGGUUUCCAGACUACCAACCAAUUUGACAAACAAGAACCAGCUUUUACUAUGGAAAUGCAUGGAAGGGCAUAAAAUUGGGCACCAGGCUAGAUGCAAGGCAGGAAUACACCCUGAAUGGGAUGCCUAUCUGUCAUGUAUUUGGGAAGUAGAAGGAACCUGGAGUACCCAAAAGAAACCCAGACAGAUACAAAGACAACCUGCAAAACUACACGUGCCAUAACUGGACCUCAGGAUCAAACCCAACACCCUCUGGCUGUUAGGUUAAAAAAAAAAAAAAAAAAAAAAAACAUCUCUCUAUGAAGUAUUCCAGAAAGCAUGAUUGAAUCAUCUAGUACCCAUAGAGAUGAUUAAAAAAAAAACAUUAAAUGUAAUGUUUUUGAAUAUCAAGUGAGGAGGAAUAAAUUACCCAAUCAGACAUUGGCGGGAGGAUUCAUGCUUAGGUAUAAAGACACAAGCCACAAAAGGGCAAAUCCAUUAGUUGUUCAACUGCUGUUCAACUCAACACCACUGCUUGAUCAUCAUCCAGUCUGCAGAUGAACACCACCAAGUUCCAGCAAAACCUGACAGAUGAAUAUUGCUAUCCUGACAACAACAACUCAUGCAGGAAGGAGGUGCAAAGCAGUAGCAGCGUCUUCCUCUUCCUCUUCCUCUCAUGCCUCUCUGUGUCCACCGUAAUCCUGAACCUGCUCGUGAUCAUCUCCAUCUCACAUUUUAAGCAGCUGCACACUCCAACCAACCUGCUUAUCAUGUCUCUGGCGGUGGCCGACCUCCUUGUGGGACUCAUAGUGAUGCCUGUGAAUAUUAUGGACCUGAUAGACAACUGCUGGUAUCUCGGGAAAACCAUGUGCUCUCUUUAUCCUGUGGUUAAUUAUAUUUCUGUGUCGGCUUCAGCCGGCAGCCUGGUGUUCAUCGCGGUUGAUCGGUACAUCGCCGUCAACAACCCUCUGCUUUAUUCUACCCAAAUAACAAUUUGUAAAACCUCCUUGUCUAUAGUUCUGACCUGGUCUUGCGCUAUUCUGUAUAACACUUUAUUUUAUUUUUUUAAUGGCCACCUGCUUCAUCCAGACAUGUUCAGCAAAUGUGUCGGAGAGUGUGUGGUGGUUCAAACUCACUCAGCCUCAGUGGCUGACCUGUUCAUUUCCUUCAUUGGGCCUUGUUUCGCCAUGCUGUUUUUUUACCUGAGAAUUUUUAAAGUAGCAAGAUAUCAGGUCAAAUCCAUAAAUGCUUUGGAUUGUGACAAUGCACAUGGGCGUGGGGUCAAAAGUGUAAAAAACAAAGCUGUAAAAACCCUAGGCAUUGUCAUUUUUGUGUAUCUUUCUUGCUGGAUACCUUAUUAUUUGAAUUCUCUGUCUACUGAAAGCCUGUCGUCCAUGUCAGUGGUGUGGAUUGUGGUCAACUGGCUAAUAUACAUUAACUCCUCUAUUAACCCCCUUAUAUACGCCAUAUUUUACCCCUGGUUUAGAGCAUCUGUUAAGUACAUUCUGACAUGUAGAAUAUUCCAUGCUUCUUCUUCCAUGUUUAAUCUGUUCCCAGAGCCUUUCUGAUUACACACUCUGGACACAAUGUCUGAAGUACAAGUAGAAAAUAUCAAAUAUCAAGUUAACUUGUAGUUUUGUAAUUUACUGUCGAAUCUUAUUAAAGUGUACAUUCAUCAAAUGUUCACACCGAUCAUGUAGAGGUGAUGAGAGAGCGAGCGGUAGGGGGAGAGACACGCAGCCUCGAGGCCACGAGAAGGAAAAAAACACAGCACGCACAUGCUUUCUGAUUUUUUAUGUUGUA